AAAAAAUCAGGUUUCUUCCUUUUGCCGUCGACUAUCUCCAAAUUUCACAAAAUUCUUCUUGAUUUAUCUCUAAAUUCAUUCAAAGUUUGGAUAGACUACAACAACACAAGAAGAGAUUUUCGGAUUUGAAGUCCUUAUCAAGAGUCGCAGAAGAUUUUCGAAGUCGAUUCAAAUUGGGAUUCCUGAUAUUUUGAAGGUAUGAAUCUAGCCUUAAAAGAGGGAAGAUGUGAAAUGUUUCUGUGGCAAAUCUCCCUAGUGCCACAUCUACUCUUGGAAAGGAGCCAAUGCCAACCAAAUCCAACUAUUGGUGGAACUUCUGGGACAAAGCCAUUUAUUUUAAAUGCUGGUGUUGCUACAGUUCAAUCUAAUGAUCAAGAAGAGACUCAAGUUGUCAAGUCAAUCACAGAGGAUAAAGACAAGGCAAUUAAAGCGAAGGUGCAGUUGAUGGAGGAAACACUAAAAUCGAUGCAAGGUGUCCAAACUAAUAAACCGGUUGACAUCUCAUCUUUGUGCUUUUUCCCAAACAUUCAACUACCCCAUAAGUUUAAAUUGCUUGAGUUUGAUAAGUACAAUGGCACUGGUUGUCCUUAUGCCCACUUGACGAUGUAUUGUAGGAAGAUGGCUCCUUAUGCCAAUGACGAGAAGCUAAUGAUACAUUACUUUCAAGACAGUCUGACAGGUCCUGCAGAUGCUUGGUUUUCAACUUUAGACAAGAGUAAAGUUAAGAGUUGGCAUGAUUUGACUCACAACUUUAUGAAGCAAUAUGAAUACAAUACGUCAUUAGCUCCUAGUAGAGAGGAUCUUCAAAAGACAGAAAAGAAACGAAGUGAGAACUUUAAGGAAUUUGCUCAGAGAUGGUGUGGAUUGGCUGCUCGAGUUCAACCUCCACUGACCGAUCAUGAAUUAAGUAAUUUAUUCAUCAAGUCAACCAAAGGACCUUAUCGUGAGAAGUUAAUAACUUGUGUGAAUGACACUUUUGCCCAGUUGGUUGUUGUGGGAGAACAAGUGGAGGAUGGAAUCAAGUUUGGAAUUAUCAUGGAUUAUCAAGCAAUGAAGAGUAUCCUUGAACAAUACCAAAAUGAUAGUUUAGGGGUUUCUAGUUCAAAGAAAGUGGGUCAAAAUCAAAACAAGGAGAAUGAGAAUGGUACUAUAAGCUCAGUUUAUGAAACAUAUGGGAGACAUAAUCAGCCACGUCCUCAAGGGCAAUUCAAUAAUUCUUUCCAAGCUCCAACUUAUCAAUUGAUAGUUUGUUCAAGUCAGCCAAGGCCACUUUAUGCCUUUGGUAUCAAUUGUCCACAACAAAAAGUGAGACGACAUUUCGACAAGCUUCCUUUAUCAUACACUGAAGUGUUUCAACAGUUGAUAGUAGCUAGUCUUGUUACUCCCGUACCUAUGGUGCCAUUAAAUCCACCAUUUCCAACAUGGUAUAACCCACAAGCAAGAUGUGAAUACCAUAGUGGAGGUGUUGGACAUGACCUUGAAAAUUGUCUUGCUUUAAAGCAUCGUAUCCAAGAUCUGACAGAGGCAAAGGAGUUACAGAUUACAUCAAAACCCGAACUUGUUGGUCCAAAUAUCACUAAAAACCCCCUACCAACACACAAUAGUUCAACAGUCAAUAUGAUCGAGAAGGAUUUUGAGGAAAGUCAAGAGGUGGCUACAGCUACUUUCACCAAUCAAGUUUCAUCAACUCCUAGAUAGCCUUUAAUAUUGAAGGGACUAGCGCUUACAGUUCCACUCAAACAAGGUUGAUCUUAGAACUGGUAUUGAUGAGGGCUUGAAUAAGUGAACAAUGGAGUUUUUCUAUUACUAUCAGUUUGGAAUAAAAUGUGUCCAGCAUGUUAGUUUUCAUUUGCAUUUUCCAAACUCCUUUCAUAUUGCAAUUUGAAUCUUUGUUCUUCAUGUUUUAAUUCAUAGUUUUUCAAUUCUUGAUUUUAUACUUCCAUGAGUUCAAUUGUUAAUGAACUUGAAUUCAAUUU